CGUUGCGCUCAUCCCCCUUGGCCGGAACGGCGUAACUUUGAUUCCGGGCUUGGCACAUCCGACAUCACGAACCUCAGGUCUUUGGCGACAACGACGAAAGAACCAUCAUUUAGAGAAUCCACGGCGAUUGCCAACAACCUUCAUCAUGGCGGGCCACCACAAUCAAUCCCUGGCGAUGGACCCGGCGUUGGUCAAAUAUAACAACCUGGUCGUCAACCGACACAAGUACUUCCGGUGGACUAAGCGCACGGUGGGCAUCACCUUCGCGUACGUCGUUGCUUUCCCGGCCUUCAUCGGCGCCCUGGCCUACGCAACCGAUGGCAAGUGGGAUUUCCGCGGCAAGAGAAGGGGCGACGUUCUCUCGGAGUUUUAG